AUGCACGCUACAUCCUCUAUGCUCAUCCCGCCCCUCGCGGGAAUUCCUCCGAACCAACAUCCCUUUAUCCAUCAAGUUGCUCCAAACGGUCUUUCGAAUACUGCAGGACUCAAAAGUAUGGAUUCUUCGAAUUCGGAAUCAUCUGAACCGGCCCCGAAGAGGCUUCGAGCGGACAAUGGUCCGGUUCCAGCCUUUGCUUAUCCCCCGCCAUCAGUUCCCCUGGAGUAUCACCACAAACCCGUUGGAUAUCAAACCCUCUCACAGACAAUGGUAUCCAAUGACACUCAUGAGACGGAAAGCUCUUUGGGAUCUUACAUUGGCGAAGAAACACGAAUUGUCAACGCCUCAACUACCUCUACCUCGAUCACAUCCUCUCUCGAGCCGAGGAAGUCUUCUACUCCCCAAUCUACUCCUGCCCCGUCUUUACCGACGCCAUCGGCUAUAUCUGGCAUCAGUGUGCUGGAUAGCAACAAGGUUGAUCUAUCGAAAUGUCGGCCGCGGUCAUCCAUCCCUUCCAAACUGACGCCAUCCAAGUAUGGUCAGCAAUGCGUGGCAGCUGCCUAUGCAUCUCGACUUGAUCCAUAUGCAUUGCAUGAGAAGGAACAGGAGAUACUACAAGAUCAUCUCUGCCAUAUGCACGUGACUGUGUAUUUGAACAUCCGCAAUGGAAUCCUUCGUCUCUGGACACGAAACCCGAUGGUCAGUGUCACCAGAGAAGAGGCUUUGGGAUGUGCCAAAGACUACCGUUGGAUGAAUCUGGCUUCUUUCGCAUACGACUGGCUGGCACGUUAUGGAUACAUCAACUUCGGCUGUGUCGAGGUCCCCAUUCCUCCGGUGCCUCCCCGAAGAGGACGCCGCAAAGAAGGGCCUGUCAUCCUCGUGGUUGGAGCUGGUGUGGGAGGACUUGGUUGUGCCCGCCAACUGGAGGGUCUUUUCAAGCACUAUCGCGAUUCAGAUACCGAACCACGAGUUGUCGUUAUCGAAGGACGCCCACGGAUUGGCGGACGCGUUUAUUCCCACCCCCUCCACAGUCUUCAGUCUGAUAUGUUGCCACCGGGCCUUGUUCCCAAAGCGGAAAUGGGCGCUCAAAUUAUCAUCGGUUUCGAUCAUGGCAAUCCCCUUGACCAGAUUGUCCGCGGUCAGUUGGCACUUCAUCACCACCUACUUCACGACCUUUCUACGAUUUACGACUUUGAUGGCUCCCCAGUUCCGAAUACGCAGGACGAAAUGGUCAACAAACUUUACGAAGAUGUUUCAGAACGAGCCUUUGAUUAUCGCCACAAAAAGCUUGUCAGACAAACAGCCGAGGGUGACCGCGAGAUGAUUGACAGUGGAAGAGAGACCACUAUUGAUGAUGGCAUUACAGUACGACAAUGGGAAGAAGCUCGAGCGAAGGGCACCACCGAUUCCCUAGUCCCGACCAAGCGAGUACGCCGACGCCGCGGAGUAGGCCACAACACUGGAGACGUCGGAGCAAUGAACGCCGCAGCAUCAAAACUCGACGGCGAUACGGACGACCACCCAGCAGCCUUGGCAGCCCAAUCAGCGGGAUGGGAGUUGAACGCGGGAUAUACUGCAACCGACACCCUGGACUUGGACCGCGUUGCGCACGCAGUGGAGGCACAGUCUCUAGGCGCUGUGAUGAACGAGGGAGUCAAGCAAUACCGGGAUAUGCUUCCACUAACACCGCGGGAUAUGCGACUGUUGAACUGGCACUUUGCAAAUCUCGAGUAUUCCUUUGCGGCAAAUCCCAAGAAGCUCAGUCUGACCUUGGCGGAUCAGGAUUCUGGCAAUGAAUUCGAAGGAUUGCACUCCAUGGUGGUUGGAGGUUACAAUCAGCUUCCAUAUGGCUUGUACACGGUGCCCGAUAAGCUCGACGUUCACACCAACAAGAUCGUCACGAAGAUUGCAUACGAUGCAGAUGGAGCGGGCAACCGCAAGGCUAUCGUUCACUGCAAGGAUGGUGAGAAGUUCGUGGGCGAUCACGUCGUGUACACUGGCUCUCUUGGCACCCUUCAGCACCGCGCUGUCGAGUUUGAUCCCCCUCUUCCCGAUUGGAAGCAGGGCGCAAUCAAUCGAUUGGGCUUUGGUCUCCUGAACAAGGUCGUUCUGGUCUUCGAUGAGCCAUUCUGGGAUACCGAGCGUGAUUUCUUCGGUCUUCUCCGCACGCCUGAUAACCCUGAGAGUAUGGCCCAGGAGGAAUAUGCGGCAAACCGUGGUCGGUUCUACCUAUUCUGGAACUGUAUCAGGACAACCGGUUUGCCCGUGCUGGUUGGUCUCAUGGCUGGAGAUGCCGCACACCAAGCCGAGCAAACGUCCGAUACCGAGAUUGUCGCGGAAGUCACCACGCAGCUGCGAAAUGUGUUCAAACACACUGUCAUCCCUGAUCCUCUCGAGACCAUCAUCACUCGCUGGGCAUCAGACCCUUUCACUCGUGGCAGCUACUCCUUUGUAGCCGCGGGUGCUCAACCUGAAGACUACGAUCUCAUGGCGCGACAGGUUGGCAAUCUCCACUUUGCUGGCGAAGCCACCUGCGGAACGCACCCGGCGACCGUCCAUGGCGCCUAUCUGUCCGGUCUGCGUGCUGCUGCGGAGGUCAUCGAGGCUACCGUCGGCCCGAUGGAGAUUCCCAUGCCCCUGGUCCCGGAUAAGCCAGUCGCUAAUGUGGUCACGCCGCCGCCGGCUGAUACUGUGACCACGGUUACAGGCACGCCAAAGCUUCCCGCACCGGCAACCAGCUCGCGAAGUCCCAACGUCGCCGAUAAACAGCGGCGGGACACGUAUGAGCAGGCCAUGUGGACGGCCAUCUACGCGGAGCUGGGGCCAACGCCCACUCCUCCAGCCAAGGCGGGACGCAACCCGUUCCUCUUGUACCAGAAGGACUUCUGGACCAAGUGCAAGGAACAGUGCGAUGAGGCUCGACGGGUUGCAUCCAACAACCCGAAUGCCAAGGCCUCCCGAGAUGACAUCCGGGCCGCGCUUGGUGCGAUGUGGCGGAAUGCUCCUCCCGAGGAGAAGCAGCCGUACAUCGACCAGGUUGAGGCCAACCGGAUAGCCAAUGAGGAGGCAUUCGGGAAGUUCACGGCAGUGGCUGCGGAGUGGAACCGGCGCUCGUUCGAGGUCAAGGACCGGUGGUGUGCAGAGAAUCCCAUUGAGGAUUGGCAGGUUCCGUCGGGAUCUACGGUGGAUAUUUAG